CCUGGUCCACCUGGUUCUGAGGUUCCUGUGCGGUCCUGUGUGUGUUUUUAAUGUUUUAGGUUAUGUUUGGGCGUUUGUUGUUUAGUUUACAUAUUCCUUCGAACAACUGUUGAAGCUUAAAAGACAGGACAUACAAUUUUCUUGACACGUAUUCUAUAUAAUACAUUAUGGAAGCUGUGCUGUUUUAUCAAAUGUUAAUUUUAGAGUACUGAAUUACAAUGUUUAAGGGUUAUGUCUUGCGGUGUGGGACGUUAUCUAGAUGGAUGUUUCGUGGUUGUAGACAUUAUUCCCAGAAAUGUGCAAUACAGGGCAAUGAAGAAGUCAGUAAGCAUGUUUCAUUUAUUAGGAAUUUUGGAUUGUUGGCACAUAUAGAUGCUGGUAAGACAACAACCACAGAGCGGAUGUUGUAUUAUGCCGGAUCUAUUAGUUCUAUGGGAGAAGUUCAUCACGGGAACACGGUUACAGAUUACAUGGAAGAGGAACGACUUCGAGGGAUUACAAUUUCAUCAGUUGCAGUCACAUUUAUGUGGAAUAAGCACAGAUUUAAUUUAAUAGAUACACCAGGUCAUAUAGACUUCACCAUGGAAGUGGAACAGACUCUUGGGGUCUUGGAUGGGGUUGUUAUACUUUUAGAUGGUUCAGCAGGGGUAGAAGCACAAACAUUGACGGUGUGGAGACAGGCAGAUAGAUAUGCUAUUCCCAGUGUUAUAUAUGUGAACAAGAUGGAUCGGAGAGAUGCAGACUUCUCUAUGUGUGUUGACUCUCUUCAUAUUAAGCUGGGUACUCUACCAUUGCCAGUUCAAUUACCUGUUUAUGAGUCUGGAAGUGGUAGUAAUUUUAAAGGUGUCAUUGAUCUAAUCACAUUGGAUAAAUUGAUUUGGGACAUCAGCAAACAAGGUCUAACGUACAAACGAAUCAGAUUAGAUCCUGGAGAAGAAUUGUGGAAAGAAGCCUCAUGUGCCCGGGCAAAACUGGUUGAACAGUUAGCUGAUUUGGAUGAUAAUUUAGCAGAACUUGUCAUACAGCAGGAAAGUUUGGAAUUUGUGCCAUCCAAUGCACUCAUGGAAUCUCUGAGAAGAGUAACUCUAGCAAAACAAGGUGUUCCAGUUCUCUGUGGUAGUUCAUAUAAAAAUGUGGGUGUUCAGUCACUGAUGGAUGCAGUGAUACAUUUCUUGCCAUCCCCAAGUGAUUGUAGUAAACAUCUGCUUAACUGUUUUGGAUCCAACCUUGUUGCUAGAGCAUUCAAAGUCAUUCAUGAUGAUCAGAAAGGACCUGUAACAUUCUUUCGAAUAUUCUCAGGCAAAUUUAAUAAAGGGCAAAAGAUAUAUAAUAUCACUCAAGGAAAGACUGAACAAACUGGCAAGCUGAUGGUUGCAUUUGCUGAUGAAAGUGAGGAAGUUUCUGAGGUUGACCAUGGAAAUAUUGCUGCCAUUACAGGUCUUAAACAUACCACAGUUGGUGACUUGGUUACAUCCAAUGCAAGUACAGCAUCUGCAGCCCAAAAGAAGCUGUUGAAGCUCAGGGGCGUUGGUGAGAAGACUGACACAAAUGACUUGUUUGGGAUAAGCACUAGAAUUCCUGAUCCAGUAUUUUUUUGUUCAAUUGAACCUCCAUCCAAGUCCUACCAACUUGCAUUGGAACAUGCACUUCAGGAAUUGCAGAGGGAGGACCCCAGCCUUCAUGUGAGUCAGAAUGAAGAGACAGGACAAACUGUUCUGGGGGGCAUGGGGGAAUUGCACCUGGAAAUCAUUAAGAACCGUAUUCUAUCAGAAUAUAAAAUAGAUGUGGAACUUGGGGAUCUACAGAUUGCAUACAAAGAAACAAUAAACAAUGUGGUGAAGGACACACACACAGUAAAUCACAAGAUUGGCUCCAGUACUCACAGUGUUACUGUCACUCUCUCUCUCCUACCCAAUGACAGUGAAGAGCGAGAACUUCUUCUGCUGGAUGAAAGCCCAGAUAGUGCAGCCAACAUUGCAGCCAUUUCAUUUAAGCACUUACAUGCUGUGAAACUUGGUGUGGAAUCUGCCAUGGCACAUGGACCGAAAUUAUGUUGUCCUAUAGUAAAUGUCCAGGUAAUGUUACACUGGCUGGAAGUGGGCAAGGGAACUUCUGAUACAAUCAUCUCAGCAUCUGUUGCACAGUGUAUCCGCAAGCUUUUGGAGGUAGAUGGGACCCACCUCCUGGAACCAGUAAUGAACCUGCAAGUGGUUACUAAUGAACAGAAUUCAUCUGCAGUGCUGGCUGAUCUCUCCCGUCGCAGAGCAGUAAUACAAGAAAUGUCCAGUAGAGGACACUCCAAAGUUUUUGACAUACUUGCACCUCUAUCUGAACUCUUGGGUUACUCUACUGAUCUUCGAACUAUAACAUCAGGCACAGCGUCCUUUACAUUGGAGUUCCAUUGUUAUCAGCCUAUGUCCUUGCAAGACGAAGCGAAGGCAAUUAAAAGUGUGACAGGUUUUGUGUGAUAUGAAAUGUAUUAGAGUCACUGUAAUUUGAAUGGUACCUACUCAUGUUUUUUUCCUUUUUUUAGAGUGUUAUGAUACCCAAGUGAAAGACGCCACUGUUGCCCAUAAUAAUCAGGUUUAUUAAUCUAGAAGGAAUUGUUAACAUUAUCAUGGCAGUAUGAAAGUACAAGAUCUGAUAAUCAGAAUGCAAGGGGUUCAAUUUCCUAUUAUUUUAAUUAUUUUUUUAUUAGGCUGUCUAAUGACACUUGCUAGGAAGUGGUAUUUUCAUGUUUCCAAUAGAACAACCAUAACAUUAUGGUGAGGCAUCAACUUUGGACAGUGGAACAAGAGAGAUUUCCAGUUUGAAUAGUUAUUCAGUUGUGAAGAUAAAAAGUUACCAUUACAUGUGUUAUUUGAAAGUGGUUAUUUAUAAGCCUUACUAAUCACCAGAAUCCACUGCUACUGAUAACCUUUUGGUCAAAUAAAAAUAGGGUACUUGGCUCAUCUGUGAGAAAUUUCUUUUCCUCCCAGCCUAUCAUGUAAAUAUGUUUUUGGUGCUUUAUUUCAGUGUAUACAGAAAAGAAUCCAGUGGUAAUUAAUUAACUUUUGAAAUGCACCUUAUAGUCUGUUGAAAGUCAACGGAUGUUUAGGAGGAACAUGUGGCCUCCAUCUACCUGCUUCUUGGUGGUUUCUUCAUCUUUUUUCAUUCAUUUAUUUUCUGUGUAUCCAUGUAUAGGUACAACCCAGGAUAUGGAAAUAGUCCAUUUAACAGUGUUCAUACAAAAUUACAUAAGUCUCAUAAAUACAAUCACCUACAUCAAUUAAUGAAUUUACAGGAUUCAAAGAGAACAUUGAUGUAACAAAUCUCUUCAGUACAAAUAUAAAAACUUGAUUGAAGAAAUUAAAUAAAUUGCCUGAAUAUUAAUGAGCCAACCAUACCCCCAUUUCCAGCACCAUUACAACUAUAACAAGUAACAGAGUGCAUCUUGGACCAGACACACGUCAAAAGAAUAAAAUAAUUAUAAUAAUCUAAAAUAUUCAGUAUAUAUAUAUAUAUACAAUUAAGAAAUCCCAUUAAUGAGUUUUAUUGUCCCUGUAGUUAAAAAAUUCAUCUAUAUCAUAAAAUGAGUGUGAAUGUAAAAACUGUUAAUGAUUCUUUCUUAAACUGAUUUUUGUUUCUGGACCUGGGAGACUGUUAUAAUUUUAAGUCCAAUAUACUAUGGACCCUUCUGAAAAACUGUUAACUUUGAUAAAGGGAGAUGCAAGUUCAAACUAUUCCUAGUUACUGUUUUAUACAGCUUGGUAUUUUCAACAAACAUUUCCAUAUUACCAACUACAAACAUCAUCAAGGAGUAUGUAUAUUGAGAGCAAAGGUAGAAUUUUCAGUUGACUAAAAAUUCUUCUACAUGAUUCUCUUUUUCCAGCUCCCACAAUUAAUUGAACAGCUCUCUUCUGCGCUCUAAAAACACGCUUACUGUGAGUUGAAUUUCUCCAGAAAAUCAAGCCAUAAGACAUUACUGAAUGAAAAAAGGCAAAUUACACCAUUUUUAGGACAUUAUUAUAUAAGUAUUGUUUGGAUUUCCUAAUUAUAUAACAGGUUUUAUUUAGUUUGCCUGUAAUUGAUAUGACCCUGUAUGGAGAGGUUCAAUCUCAAGAAAUUAAAUGAGGUAGAGGGUAAAGAGCAGUAUUGUGUUGAAAUCUCAAAUAAGUUCACAGCUUUGGAAAACUUGGAAACUGAGGUGGAUGUUAAUAAAGCUUGGAAAACUAUUGGAGAGAAUAUAAAAGUGUCUGCCAAAGAGAGUCUAGGUUGUUAUGAACCAAAGAAGCAUAAGCCAUAGUUCGAUGAAGGAUGCU